UGAAAAGCAGCAAGGCAAGCACAGGAACAAACGAAAUAGCAUUAGAAGAUAACAAAAGAGAAAUGGCCAUGGAAACACUUUCUUCAAGUGAACUACUAGACUUUAUCAUCUAUGACACAAUCUCUGCUAUUCCAUUUAGCUGCAAUGUGUCUUCAGACACCACUUCUAAUCUACACCUCUUACAGCAAAAUGCUCACUUAGCUUCUGCUGCUACUACUCCAAAUGCUCUGUACAAUACUUCUUCAAUGAAUCUAUCAGUUAAGCCCGAGACAAAUAGCGAGAGAAGCCUGGCUGUGCAAGGGAGGAAGAAGAGGCGGCGAAGGCCCAAAGUGUGCAAGAACAAGGAGGAAGCUGAGAAUCAGAGAAUGACUCACAUUACUGUGGAGAGAAAUCGGAGGAAACAAAUGAAUGAGCAUCUUGCUGUGCUGCGUUCUCUCAUGCCUGACUCUUAUGUUCAAAGGGGUGAUCAAGCCUCCAUUGUAGGUGGUGCAAUUGAUUUCGUGAAAGAGCUUGAGCACAUUUUACAAUCCCUCGAAGCCCAAAAAUUCCUCCAAAUGCAAGAAUCUCGCGAAAAAUUGGACUCUGUCGAAGCGACGCCUUUCUCUCAAUUCUUUACAUUUCCGCAAUUCACCACCUCACAGACACCUAACAAACACUACACUUGCACCAAGACUAAUGGUGCAAUUGCAGACAUUGAAGUCACCCUAAUCGAAACUCAUGCCAAUAUUCGGGUUUUAUCGCGACGACGGCUCCGGCAGCUGUCGAAAAUAAUCGGAGGAUUCCAGGCAGUGUACAUGACCAUUUUGCACCUCAAUGUUACCACCUUGGAGCCAAUGGUUCUCUACUCCAUCAGUACUAAGAUAGAAGAAGGGUGCCCGCUGAAAACAGCAGAUGACAUAGGAGGGGCAACACAUGAGAUGCUGAGAAUGAUAGAGGAAGAAGAAGAAGUUGUUGCAGGAUUACAAGACUAUGGAGAAGAUUUAGGCUAGUGUGUAGCUCUGUAUCAAACCUACCUACCUGCCCAUAACCUAUAUAUAUAGAAUCAUGAGAUGGAAUUAUUGUUUCUAUAAUGCCAGCCAGCCCCCUGCCCCAACUUUUGUACGUUAAAUCUUUUGAAUAUGCACAUCUUUUCCCC